GACACUAAUGACUGAAUUGUUGUCAUUAGACAUAACUUGGCUCUGCAAAUGGACGACAGGAAAAGACAAAGAUGUAUAUAUGUAACUGCUAGGCAAAAAAAGAAAUUAAUUGAAUUAAUGACUAAACAUCCAGAGUUAAUAUCAUGUAGAGUAACUCAGGACUUCAACUAUAAGGAUUCACAAAAGUUAUGGCAGAAUAUAGCAAAUGAAUGUAAUUCCAUACCUGGAGCAAAAAAAACUUGGAGGCAGUGGAGAAAAACCUGGCACGACUUACGAUCCAAAACAAAGAAACGUCAAGCCGAGACAAAUGGUGAAUUGCCCUUAACAACUGUCAUGCUAACAACUGCAGAGCAGGAAGCACUUGGCAUCAAAACUGGUGAUGAAUAUCAAGAAUCUACAGAAUUUGUGCCCCUGACCGACAACCACAAUGAUAAUUAUGAAGCAGAAAUGUCUCAUGGAUCUAUAAGUGAGCCAGAAUCAAUUCCGGAACAGAACGUUUUUACCCAAAAUCUUAAAAAGUCAAAGAUGAAGAUUAAAAAUGGUGUUAAAAGUUCAAAGCAUUCCAGUGAAUGUUUCCUGAAUUGUGACUUAUUGGCUGUGCAGGAACAAAGAAAAAUACAGAUGAAGGAAGAUUAUCUUAACUUCAAAAAGGAUUAUUUGAGACAGAAGCUGAAAUUGUUGAAGGAACAGACUGAAGCACUGAAAAGCAUAGCCAGUGAGCUAUCAAAAUAAGUUUAAUGUAAUAACUAUGUAGUGUUAUUAGACUCAAAAUAAGAGGCCUUUAAGAAUUUUGGAUGAUUCUCUUUGAUCAAUGAUCGAAUAUUAUUUUGUCUAGUGAAAGCAGAUUAGACCAUUCCUCUUAGAUCUCACAAAAAACUGAAGAAAAUAAAAAUAAUAGGCAAUUAAUAACUUGAACUAAAAUAGAUGACACUGAAAAAUAUUUAUAUUAUAGUAUAGUGUGUUUAUGGGCUAAAAGUAUGGACAAAGUAAAAUGUGACAGUUGUGUUAAUAAAACUUCAUAAAUAUUAUGA